AUGUCCUCUAACACAUUGGGAACACUUGAAGAAAAUCCUCUAUUUUGGGCUAAGUCAGCAGGUGCCAAGUGCAGUGGUGGCAUGAAAAAUUUGGAGUUACCUGGAACACUGAGAAGUAACUGCUCUGAAGCAAACUCUAGAAAAGUCUUAGACCUCAAGGGAGAAGGCGCUAUGUAUGACCAUGUGUACAUAGACUUCCAAGCCAACCUGGGAGUAAUGGAAAAUAAGCCAGAAGCCUUAAUUCUACAUAUUCUAGAAGAUUAA